AUGAUAGAAACUAGGGCCCGGUGCAGCAAUGGCGCUCGGGCGGUAGCGGCACACAAGCAGCAGUGUCGGGCAAAAGCAGCGGCGGUGCAGUGCACGGGCGGCAGCGGCUGCCGUGUGGUGCAUGGGCGGCAGCAAUGCAUGGGCAGCAGUGGCGCACAGGCAGCGCACGGGCUGCGGAAGGGCGGCGCACGGGCAGCAGCACGUGGGGCAGCAGGGCGCGCAGUGCAGCAGCGCGCAGGGCAGCAGGGCGCACAGGGUAGCAGGGCGCGUAGGGCAGCGGGGCGCGCAGGGCAGCGGGGCACGCAGGGCAGCGGGGCGCGCAGGGCAGUAGGGCCCGCAGGGCAGCAGGGCAGGCGCAGUUGGGCAGGCGCGGCACACGAACAGCAGCGCGCGAGGCAGCAGGGCGCGCGGUGCAGCAGCGCGCAGGGCAGCGGGGGCGCGCUGGGCAGGAGGGCGCGCAGGGCAGCUGGGCGCGCAGGGCGCGCAGGGCAGCGGAGGGCGCUGGGCAGCGGGGCGCGCAGGGCAGCGAGGCGCGCAGGGUACGCAGGGCAGCGGGGUGUGCAGUGCACGCAGGGCAGCAGGGCGCGCAUGGCGCGCAGGGCAGCGGGGCGCGCGGGGCAGCGUGGCGCGCGAUGUAGUGGCGCGCAGGGCAGCGGGGCGCGCAGUGCAGGGACGCGCAGGGCAGCGGGGCGCGCUAGGCAGCAGGGCGCGCAGGGCAGUGGGGCGCGCAAGGCGCGUAGGGCAGCGGGGCACACUGGGCGCGCAGGGCAGCGGGGUGCGUGGGGCAGCGGGGCGUGCGGUGCAGUGGCGCGCAGGGCAGCGGGGCGCGCUGGGCAGCAGGGCGCGCAGGGCAGCGAGGCACGCGGGGCAGCGCGGCGCGCUGGGCAGCAGGGCAGCAGCUCGCUGGGCAGCAGCACCCGGGGCAGCGGGGCGCGAGGUGCAGCGGCGCUCAGGGCAGCGGCGCGCGGGGCAGCAACAUGCGGGGCAGCGGCACGCUAG